ACCAAAAUUGAGUUAUAAAAUUUGCUGUCUGCUGCAAAUUAGCCGCCUGCUGAUUCGACACGCCCAAUAUUCAGCGGAUGGCACGGUAAGCUGCCGUGAAGUAGGCAACAAAAAAUUUAUGCGCACAAGUGAUAACAACGCCAGCCACAAGAACAACAAUAACAACAACCACUGAGAGGGCAGCCCACGGUCAUUGGAGAAACCAGAGAAAAUCUAACAACCAACAACCAGCAUCAUCACCAUGAAGGGUUUGACGUCGUUUAAGGAGAAGGCGACGGGCGUCUUUGGCGGCCUGAAGCCAAAUAUGGAAAAGUUUGAGAUAUCGCAGAGCUAUCACGGAGGACACGGUGGCUAUGAGGAAAUGGAGGGAGCCGAGCGCGAGGGACGAGGACCCGGCGGCGGACAUGCCUACGACGACGACGACGAUAGACCGGACUCGCCCGCCUCCUUUGAGGAGAUCGAAAGGCCACCGCUCCGCAAGAUCGAUAAGUACUGCAAGGCGGAAUGUCCCUGCAUGCCAGCACGUUAUACCAUCGCCACCAUGGCCUGUGUGGGAUUCAUGAUUGCCUUCGGCAUGCGUUGCAAUAUGUCGGCCGCCAAGCUCAAAGGCGAACACAAUGGGACUGUCUUUAUGAAUUGGACGGUGGCGGUGGAAAGCCAUGUGGACUCAUCCUUCUUCUGGGGCUAUCUGGUUACACAAAUACCCGGCGGUUUUAUUGCAUCCAAAUUUCCGGCGAACAAAAUCUUUGGCCUGUCGAUUGUCAGCUCCGCCACGUUGCAUCUGUUUGUGCCCUUCGCCAUGACUCUGAUGCACGGUCAUGUGGUGAUUUGUGUGCGCGUGCUGCAAGGACUCUUCGAGGGUGUAACAUAUCCGGCUUGCCAUGGCAUUUGGCGCUUCUGGGCACCACCCAUGGAACGUUCCCGCCUUGCCACAUUGGCCUUCUCCGGAUCGUAUGCGGGUGUGGUUGUGGGUCUGCCCCUCUCUGGACUCCUAGCGGAUGCAGUGGGCUAUCAAGCACCAUUUUAUGCCUAUGGCGCCUUUGGCAUCAUUUGGUAUAUGUUCUGGCUCUGGCUGUGUUUCGAGAAUCCGCGCAAGCAUCCUGCAAUUAGCAUACCCGAGUUGAAGUACAUUGAGAAAUCGUUGGGAGAAUCGACGCAUCCGUCAAUGCCAUCGAUCUGGACGACACCGUGGCAUGCGAUAUUGCGUUCCAUGCCCGUUUAUGCCAUCAUUGUGGCCAAUUUCUGUCGCUCGUGGAAUUUCUAUUUGUUGGUGCUGUUUCAAUCCUCGUUUCUGAAGCACAAGUUUGGUUUCAAGGUGGAAGAGGCGGGCUUUGUGGGUUCCCUGCCCCAUUUGAUCAUGACUACGAUUGUGCCUUUUGGCGGUAUGUUGGCGGAUCAUCUGCGUAAGAAUGGAAUUCUCUCCACGACAAAUGUGAGAAAGCUUUUCAACUGCGGUGGCUUUGGCAUGGAAGGACUUUUUUUUCUUUUCGUGGCGCAUUCCUCAACGGCGACUGGUGCCAUGUUUGCUUUGACCUGCGGUGUGGCCUUUAGCGGCUUCGCCAUCUCCGGCUACAAUGUGAAUCAUUUGGAUAUUGCGCCACGUUAUGCGAGUAUAUUGAUGGGUCUUUCCAAUGGCAUUGGCACGCUGGCUGGCAUCAUAGUGCCCUACGCGCUGGACGGACUCAUUCAGAGAAAUCCCACUGGCUGCUGGACAACCGUCUUUACUUUGGCUGCAUGUGUCCAUUUGAUUGGUUGCACUUUUUAUGGUAUCUUUGCCUCGGGUGAGUUGCAGCCCUGGGCUGAGCCGCCGGCAGAGGAGCAGCAGGUGUGGGCACCACCAGCAGGUGCCAUAACCCACGAUGAUCCCAGCCAGGCGGUCAUGAUGGGCACCUACAUGAAGGAGACCUCUUUUGGCGCACCGGAGUACACUGAACAGAGCCAAAUGCAGCAAUCAACUGCCAUUAGUUAUGGCGCCACUGGACACGUGGCCAACAAUCCAUUUGCCGUGGCGGCGACAGCGCCAUCUGCUGUGGAAACUCCGCCGCCGCAAUAUGGAGAUGUGGCAAGUGCGGGCUAUGAUUACACGCAAGGACAACAGCCGCCUGCCACGAAUCCUUACGUGCAGCAGGCCUACCAAAACCAGUAAAGGUCAAAGGUUAAGGGAUAAUCAAGUAACUAACUAAUGAUUAACUAGCUUUUAGUUGUAGUCAGAAACUCGUUUGCCGUUUAUUGUUUGUUCCUGCUGAGGGGUUAACGUUAAUUGGAUUAUAUAAAUAUAGAUAAAGCAUAUAUCAGAUAUAUACUUGACCAUUAAAUGUUCAGCGAGAUUGCCCGCGUUUAACGAAUUUCUAUAAAACACUCUCACCAGAUCAGACAACACUAACACAAUGAAACUAUGUACCUAACAGAGCAACUAAUACAUUCACAUACAUACAAAUACAUCUACGUACUAUGUAUAUGAGAAUACCUUUACAUAUGGCACAACACAUAAGAUACUAUAGCAUACUUUUAGGCGUCGCUUCAGCUAAUUUCUAUUUACAAGCUCCAACAACAAA